ACUCAAAAAGAUGAAGAGUGAAUAUCGCCAAGUAAAGGACAACAAUAACACGAGUGGUGCGGGUAGGAAACAAUGGAAGUGGUUCGACUUGUUGGACCAGAUUUACGGCCAUAGACCGGCCAACGUUGGGAGGGAGGGAGGCCUGGACUCUGCAACGGCUUUACUGGAGUCCCUGCAAGAUGAUUACAUUGGGACUAGUGAGGAGGAACAUUCCCGAACAACGGGUGAUGACAGUGUUCCGUCCACAACAUCGUCAUCGAAUCCAGAACGGACCCCAGCUCGACCACAGACACCAGCCGAAGAACCGACACCAACUCAACCACCAACGCCGAGUGCCAUCACGACACCGCAGCGUGUGGUUCUAGGCAAGAGGAAACGAGGAGGAGAGGAUCGGGCCCAGCAGGAACGGCACUUGGACUGGGCCAAAGCGUCUGCUGAGCGGAGAUGGGAGUUGGAUGCGGCCUUGAGAAGGGAGGAGGCCGUCUUGAGAAGGGAGGAGGCCGCUCAAGCAGAGACCUUCAACCUAGCCUUCCUGCGCACUCUUGGCGAGGACUGGGCAGCCGACUUGGCCCGUCUCCUCCUGGGCGCCGAUCCCCACCAGCUCUGUUUCGAGUGCCUGGGACCAGACUACGCCGAAGACGAGCUCGAGGUGGUGGACGUGGGAGACCAGGAUAUGGUCGAGGCGAUGCCACCAACGUUCACCAUCCCAGCCAUGCGGGUUAUGGCUCCGUUUGCUGAGGAGGAAGGAGAUUACUUUGUGCCCCCACCACUGCCACCGAAGCCGGCUACCGCCACCAGGGGGGCGUUACUCACUCUGGGCCAACCUCUCCAGGUGGACUGUCUGACAAAGUCAUACAGACUGUCCAGGCAGCAAGGGCGGGAUCCACCACAGCCUGUUACAGGACAAAGUGCCCCCAUCGAGAGCAAGGGGUACGCCCCCAUCGAGAGCGAGAUGUAUUCCCCCAUCGAGAGAGAGGUGUACGCCCCAUCGAGAAGGAGGGCAGGCUACGUGCCACUAUGUCAGAGGACAGACAGACGUCCCUGCUUCAGGCAGUUUGCGGACUGA